CGGACACGGAGCUCCAGUGUCACAUGUAACAUCACUACUUAAUUCUCGCUUCUGUUAAACACAAGAUCAUGUCCUACCUGGCAGAUGUGGUUGUAGUUGGUGGGGAAGGAGGAGGCCCUUUUGAAUUUAAUGGCACUGAAAAUGGAUCAACAUUGAAAAAGUUCUGGGUGUGGCUCGGUGACUGGCAGGUGAAGGCCAUGAAGUUUAGCCUUACUGAUGGCCAGUCCAAGCAGUUUGGGAUACCUGAUGGGGAAGCUACAGAAUUUAUAUUUGAGGAUGGAGAGCAUUUCUCCUCCCUUUCACUAUGGGCAAGUGGAAAUGGAACGCGUCUAGCUGCCAUCAAAUUCAAGACAACUCAUUCCCGGGAGUUCUAUGUACGCAUGAAAAAAUGGGUUUUGUACCCAGAAGUUCCAGUUGAUGUUGCCUCUGGGAUCUGCAUGGGAAUCAAAGGACGUUCAGGCUUGGAUAUUGAUUGCUUGGGCUUCAUGUUUGUUAACACAAUCAAGUCUACUAAGCUUACAGAUGUUGUGUAUCCUACACUUAAUGAAGUGAUGCCCAAAGUGAAUUUCAGGGAACUCAAAUUAAUGACCUACCAGAAUAACACCAGUAUAACUAAAGAAUAUAAAAUUGAAACCUCAGAAAAAAUCAUCCAGAAAUCCUCCUGGUCAGUUACCGGCAAACUGGAAGUCACAUUCAGCCUAGAAGUGAAUGCAGGAAUCCCACUGAUUGCAAAGAGCAAUUCAAAUAAUCAAUUUGAACUUGGAGUUGCGGGUUCAUAUGCUUCGGAGACCAGUAAAGAGAAAAUGGAGCUUUACUCGUUUCCUGUUAAAGUCUCUCCAUAUAAAACCAUGGAUGCGGUCAUCACACUUGGUGAGGCUACAGUUGAUCUCCCCAUCAAUGGCAAAGUCACAAUUACAUGUCAUAAUGGGGGUGUGCUGGAGUUUAAAACCAGUGGAACCUACAAGGGUGUCACUUACACUACUGGAAACGUAGCUGUGAAUGAAUCAACCAAAACCCUCAGUGGGUCCUCAGAAUCUGCAAAGUUAAUUGUAAAAAUGUCUUAAGUUCAAUAUAAUGAAUCUCGUCUAUUCAGUCAUUCAAAUCAAUACCUGUUAUUCCUUUGUUUGAUUUCUUUUACAAAAUCUGUAAACCAGUUAAAGCAAUGCAUUUUUACACAUUUUGAUUUAGAAACAUUUUUAAAUACAGUACAUACUACAUAAUGUUAUAUACAUAAUGUUAUUUGAUGCUUUUAGCAUUAGUUUGACUGUAACUUGCUGUAACAAUUUAAUUUGAUUUGAUUGUUUUUUUUCACUAAUUAAGAAGAUUUAAAUCUGUAGGGCACUGUUGGUUCAGUGGUAGGCCCCGGUUUGAUUCCUAGCCAGUGCUCAAACCCCAGCCACUGGAUACACUGCUGGUCCCAAGUCCGGAUAAAAUAGGAGGGUUGCGUCAGGCAGGGCAUCCAGUGUGAAACCUGUGCCAAGCUAGUAUGUGCGGACCGGAUUGUCCACUGUGGCGACCACUUGCUGGGAGCAGCCGAAAGACCAACAUCAACGAGAAGAUUUAAAUCUGUAAAGAUUUCCAGCAAUCAACAAUAAGAUUUAAAUCUGUAAAGAUUCCCAUCCAUAAAAUCAGUCUUAACAGAAUCAGUCUUCAAUUGAUUUAUCUAUCUGACUUAAAAAUUAAGUAGACUAGAAUAACUGUAUUUAGUACAAUGAUGUACAAAAUUGAGUAAAUGUAAUUAAAAUCAGAAGUUAAUGCAAUGAUGAAGUGAAAAUUAGUUAAAUAAUUGAGUAGAUAUAAUUAAACUGCAAGGUAGAAGAAACUGAAAAUUACACUAUUGUUCAACAAACAAAUGUGUUACAAUUACUGAAUAUUUUAACUGAAUUUAAUUCAUACUGCUCUAUCUGUGGGAUCCAUACAAAUGUGUGUGCAGACCUUCUCAGGUCUUAAAGAAGCAAUGACAGUCUAAAUGAAGACAGGACACUGAAUAUCUAUGACCAACAGAACCAUGCUUUACUCGAUAAUGAUCGAAAUUCCUUUUGAUGAUGCGACAAAUGUGUAGAGCUUAAACUGUUAUUCCAUAAGCUGGCACCUAAAAAAGGAAUUAUAGUAUACAAGUAAGUACAAGUGUGACUCUUACUAUAAAGUCUACCAAACUGGUAAAAUAGUACUUUCAUUCAAAUACAUACUUUUUGGACUAAUAUACAUCAUCACACUGAUCUACGAGUGGUGUUCAAGUCAAAGCGGGACAUGUAAUGAAUAUUACCUGAAACAAAAACGUAAAAAUUAUUUACGUUUUGAAAUGCUUCCAGUGGAAUG